UAGAAAACGCACAACGCCCCAAACUAAAACAAAAAAUAAAAACCAAACCCUAGUCUUCAUCGUUCAUUUCCCCCCACACUGGGUCUUCUUCGCUCGUCUCUCCCUCUCAUUUUCUUUUCUCCGACGACCGACCGGCACUCUGGCGUGCCACUGACGCCACUGCGGGCCUUCUUCGCUGCCGCCAGCUGUUUGCUUCUUCGUUGACUUCACGCCUGACGCCCUGGAAUCAUCCUCUUCGUAUAUUCGUGCUUCUUAAUUGAUUUCUUGCCUGGGCAUAUUUCGAAAUGGGUAAGAAUCAAGCAUACAAAGCGAUGCAGAAAGCCAGACUGGGAUCCUCAAGCUCUACUGGGCCAGCUGAGAUUGAAGAUGGAAUGGUGGAUGGUUCAUUUCAUUCACCAGCGUGGCAUGCUGCUCGUUUGGCCAGCCUUAAUACUUCUCACACGAUUACCUGGGAGGAGUAUAAAAGGAAGCAAAAGGAAGAUGAGUUGAAAAGGGGGGAGCUGGAAGCAGAUACAGAUAGAAUGAUGAAAGAAUAUAGAGCACAAUUGGAUGCUGAGCGUGCACGAAAACUUGCUCAUGGAAGAAAUCGUUCCAGUAGCAAGAUUGGUCAUGAAAAGGAUAGGAAGAACAGAGAAUUAAAGAAGCGGAGCAAAAAAAAGAGAAAGCAUUCCAAGAGGAAAUUGUCCGAGUGUAGCUCCUCAAGUUCAUCCUCUGAUUCAUCCAGCAGCGACGAAGAAGAAAGAGAAUCUAGAAGAUCCAAGUCUAAAUCAAAGAGAUCUAAGAGGGAGAAGAAGCAUAGGUCGAGAACCAAGCACUCUUCCAGUGACAAUGAAGAAGAGACUGAUGGUCCUGUGCCACUUUCAAGAUUCUUUGAGAAAGUGAAGAAUUAAGGGGCAUUUGUUCUGUAACGUUUAUAGAAUUGCUAGUCUUGAAAUAGCAUAUUUGAUCCUGUUCAUUUUCUUUUGAAUUUGCACUUACACGUUUCAAUUAUCAGUUUUCUAAUGUGGAGUGGUCCAUGUCGCAGAAGAUUGGACCCACGUGAUGAUGCGAAUUACCGAAUGUGAACGACCAAGUGAUCAAAACUGCAAAUAUUUCAAAGUUACUCACACAGCAAGAGUCAAUUAUGUUCCAUUUUCAUUAGGAUAAUGCUUAUGAUGUAAAAGAAACUAUUGCAAGUGAAAAUGGGAAAACUUAAUAGGUUUUAUGGAUGAAUCAAAUGUAAUAGACCUCAAUCGUAAGGUAGAUUGCUUUGUUUGCUUAACUGUAAACAUAAUGGAUUUUUUUAAUAUUUUAUUGUUAUAAAAACAAUUUUCCAUAA